UUCGUUUUCUCUGAUUUUUCAUACCCCUUACAAAGUGUUUUGAUGUUUUUGUAUAAUGUAAAGUUCUAAACUUAAAUUGACUACACUAAUGCUGAGGAUCAAGAGUGAUCCAUAUUGAGUGUUUCCACCGGAAGAGUGAGCUGCGAGUGAUUCAUGCAAACUGACCAUCUGUGUCUAUUCUAUGAGAAGCUAGUCUUCUACUUUCUUCUUCCUGGAACUCCUACUCAUGUGAAUGGACAACCCAGUUCGCGGAUGCCGAGAGCUCUGCAGUUAGGAACCAUAGAGUGAAGUCCACCUUGGUGGCAUCUAGCUGAUUGGUGUGUUCUCGUCCUCUGCAGCCAGCUACAAUCAAUCAGAUGAUGAUGACGAGAAUGACGAUCUAAGUUUCGAUACGACUACAAUUUCAAUUCAGUUCGUUUGA